UCUUAGGUGGGCGGUCUCGGGCCCCGGGUGUCGCCGUCCUCAUCGCCGUCGGACACCCCGUUCCCAACCCCAGGAUGCGCCCUUCCAGCUCGGACGGUCAACCUGGUUCCGCACUAUCGAGAAAGUUGGGGGUCUCAGCGCUUCCCCCGUCCUCUCCUCCCUGGGGAGCGCGUCUCGGGGAAAAGGGUGGGGUGUCUGUGAGCGCCAGGCGCGCUGUCCUGCUGCCCAUCUCCGCUCCCGACUCCUCCCUCCAGCACCCCCGCUUCCCCGACCCCCCCCGCCCCGCGCAGACACAGAACCUCGGAGACACCCCCAGAGGCGCGGGGGGCAGCCCUGCUUCCCUCCAGCGGGCCCCUGCUUCCCAAAGCUCUCCAGCAGUAUCUUGGUUACCCGGGUUUCCCCGGAGGGGCCGAGGGGCGUCAUGCGCGGAGCCUACACUUGUCACUUUGAUCCGCAGGGAGGGCAGGUCACUGCCCUGCCUGCUCCUUCCUCUCCGGCGGCCCCCACUCACACUUCUGGGCCGCAGGAUUUCUGCCCCCACCAGAAACGGACUGACUCCUGAGGUCUGGGCGCCCGCAUCUUCCGAGGACCUGUCCAGGCUGUUUUCGGCCCUUCUGUGCUGGGGGAUGAGGGUUGGUGGGGGAGUAGCACCCUGGCCCACAUCCAGGCCCGCCCUGCCCCCACAGAGUGGGAAGAGGACGCAGGAAUCAGGCUUUGUCAACAACCUGUGGCCCCUGAUCCCGCCCUGGGGCCAUGACCUUCCUCUACUUGCUCUGGUUUCACAAACACCCCCCACCCCCAUACCCAUCAGAGGCUGGCAGGCCUCAACCACACCUAUUCAGAUCCUGGGAGGAGCUGGGGUGACCAGCGCCCCACUCUCCUCCAUGGAGAUCCACCCAUCCUGGGGGCCCCUCCCCCAGCUGCAGGUCUGGGAGUCCUGGGGCAUCCCCAGGGGAAACUAGAGAAACAGCUGAGCUUUGAGCACCCAGGAGUGGUGUGUUCUGCCAGGCGGGGAGACAGAACACCGGCCAGCCAGCCCGUGGUGGAGAGCGGGGGCUGGGAAAGAGAGGAGGGGGUGGGCUGGGGCCGGGGGAAAGCUGGCCCUCCUUCCCACUCCACCAGAGUCUCUGAUCCUGAGCUAUCUGUGCUGGGCAGGUGCAGUCCAGGGCCAGAGAGGGAGCGAAGCCUCCAGGUCCAUGAAGGGAGAAGGCUUGGUCCCUGGCCGGUAGUCCCCCGCCUCCCCCCACCGGGGAGGGUAAUAAGGUGGAAGACGGCAGCCCUGACGCCAAGGCCAAUGGGAGGCUUGGAGCGGCACCUCCGCACCCCAGAUAUUUAUCCCUGGGGCUGGCAGGCUGCCUCUGGGGUUGCAGUGUCCCCCACGGAAGGGAGGGGCCUGCACGUGAUAAUCUGUCCUUCCCGUCGAGCGGCACAUCUCAUUGUCCUCCAUGGUGUUGAGGAGGCAGGGACUUUUCAAGUAGGGAAACCGAGGCUCUGAGAAGUUGAAUUAUUUACCCUUGGUCCCGGGACCAGAACUGGGCCUUGCAACGUCCCCUGCUCCUGUGGCGGCAGCCUCACACCUGGGUGCUCAGGGCAGGGACCUUAGAACCUCAGCCUUGCACAGCUGAAAGUCGUUCCACAGCCCCACACUCUGCCCAGUCCUCAUUCAGAGAAGUGUCUAGAUAUCUCGCCCGUACUCCCCUGACAGGCAUGGGAGCCUCAUCCACUUCUGCCCCUUGUGUUUCUAUCAGAGACGUAGUGAGAGGUAUCAUCCUCUGCUCUUGUAUUGGUUGGGGGGUGCUGAGGCCCUGAUCCCUAGGGACGUGGGGCCACCGGUGCUCUGAGCUGGGGUACCAGCUUGUGAUCUGUAGGUGCUGAACUGCGUGGGGUGAAUCUUCAAGGAUUCCCAGCCCCACGUACCAGACCAGGGAUGGGAGUGGGGGUCAUGGAAAGGCCUCCCUACUCCUCUGCUCUGGCUGUCAUCGGAGGGGCAGUGAAGGAGGGGCCCCAGGGCAGCCCAUCCCUCUCUCCCCUCUACCCCGGGGCUCAGCUUCUCUCUGUGGUUCCCAGACUAACUGACCCCUAGCUGGAAGGCAGGCUGCUUGGGUGUGGCCCCGCCUACCUUGGGUUCUCCUAACAGCCCUAGGAGGUCAGCAAGGCGAACUCCCACUUUUCAGAUGGGAAAGUCGAGGCACAGCCUGGCCACCACACCCCAGCUGGACUCUGAGGGGCUGACAUUUUGCCUUGGAGCUCCUCACUGGACUAUCCCCGCAGCUUCAUCCUCCCUUCACCACCGGCUGCAGGGCCCCUGGGCAGGGGGCAGUAUCCUUCCUCCCCAUGUUCCCUGCCUGCAUCUCCACUGUCUACUCCACCCCAGCCAUCCCUUGGCACUCUCCCCUUGCCCUGCCCCCAGAGCCUCUAGCCAUCUAGGCUGCCCUUGUCUCCCUGACCUUCCCAGCCACCUCCCCUCCUCCAGCAGCUGGUCACAGUGGGCCUCACCCACCUGGCUCCGUGGCCUCCGUGGGCAAGGGCAGGGCAGAAGACCGGGCUGUUUGAUAAGAAUCAGGAGAUAAGGCCCCUUGGGCUGGGGACACCUGAACUGCCCCUUGUCCUCCACCCGCCUGGGGGCUACUCCCCUGAGAAGGCCCACCGCUCUGGCUCCUCCACCUGGACCAGGGCCUGGGGACCAGCCACUACUGGGCCCUGCCUCACCAGGCCUGACCUGCGCUGUGGCCCAAGGGCCAGGGUGAGGAGCCCCACAGCAGGCUAUGGUCCAGGUACCCACCCCAUGUGGUGGCAUCUCAGGGUCCCGUUAGGGGUGAGGAGUGAAUCACAGAGGAGCCCACGUGAGUUGGCCCCAUGAGGGCCCAUCUGGACUCUGAUGGGAAGAGGCUGAGAUCCAGGGUUGUCCAGCAACCCUCCACCUUCAGUCACAGCCUGCAUCCCUCCUCCCCACCUUCUCCCUGGCUUCUCCCAGGCACUGCCUUCCAGCCAGCCAGUUUCGUCCAUCUGUCCAUCCAUCGGUCCAUCACAUGCUCACUCUGUGGCAGGAUGCCAUCCACAGCCCUAAGGGGGCUUGCAUGAGUAGUUUCUAGGGGCCCCACCCCUAGGCCCCAAAGGAAUCCCCUUCCUACUGCCCUUGUGGGAUUCAGUGGACCAGAAGACGGACUCUGGAAGCAGUGACACGAUGACUUACGGGGCUGCUGAUGCCCCCAGUGCAGGCUCCGGACAGGACCAGGCACCUCAGGUCCCCCCUGCAGGCACCACGAGGGCAGGGGUCCUGUGUCUGAGCCCCCGGCAGCUGGCAGCGCUAAUCUCAAAGGAAUGCGCUGCAGCUGCCUGCGUGCUAUGGCCCAUGGGACCCAGGAAGCCCGGCCGGAGUCUUGGGCGUGGCCCAAGGGAGCACCUAGACACCCCAGUCCUGGGCAAGGGGGCAUGGAUGUGACAGGGACCACCCUAAGCAUAUGCUUGGCACUCCUGGCCCCUGCCAAGUCUGGGAGCUGGCCCAGGGUCACCUUGAUAACCAUGCCCCUGGGGACCAAGUGAUGGAUGGUCCUGGUACCCUGCCCCAGCCUGCCAUGCUGACUUUCCCAGGAGCUAAGAAUAGGUGGGAAAAAUAGCGAGAGCCGAAGGGAGGAGUUGGGCAGCUAGGGAGGCUGCUCCCUCCUCUGACAUCUUUGGUACCAGGCAGGACUGGGGCCGCUUAACCAACAUGUAGGAGAGGGGCUCUGGGACUGUCAGAGCCGCCACACAGACAGCCACAGUCUGUGAGAUGGAGCAGCCCCCAGGACCCUGGGCAGAACCCCCAGGUGCAGGGCCAGACCCCCAACCUGCCACUGGCAGAGUGACCAUUUCUGGCAUCCCCUCCCUCCCAGCCCCCACUUCAUUAGUAGGAUUCGGAGACUCAGAGGGAUGGUUUUAGGGGAGCAGGACACCCUGCUGAUCACAGCGGAGACCAGCUGGGCCUCUUUACUCCUGGGUGUCCCUGCACAGACCCUGCUGCUCUGAUACUCAGCAGCCCCCAGAGGAGAGUGCACCUACGAGGACCUCUUUGCCCCAGCUGUGCAACCCCAGCCAGAUGUGGGGGGCAGCUGCCCAGAGGCAUGCCCCCCAUCCUGCCACGCUGCCCCCACCUCCUCCUGCUUCUGCUGCUGGCCUGCCAGGUGAGCGCUGCUGCCAGUCCCCCUGUCCCACCAGCCUGCCUGCCCCUCAUGCUGACACCAGUCUGUCCCCUCUGUCCAUCCAUCUGUACCCCCAGCCGCAGGCCCCCUCCGCUCAGGUGAUGGACUUCCUGUUUGAGAAGUGGAAGCUCUAUGGCGACCAAUGUCUCCACAACCUGAGCCUGCUGCCCCCCCCAACUGAGCUGGUCUGUAAUAGAACCUUUGACAAAUAUUCCUGCUGGCCGGACACCCCUCCCAACACCACAGCCAACAUCUCCUGCCCCUGGUACCUGCCCUGGCACCACAAAGUGCAGCACCGCCUCGUCUUCAAGAGGUGUGGGCCUGAUGGGCAGUGGGUACGUGGGCCGCGGGGGCAGCCAUGGCGAAAUGCUUCCCAGUGCCAGAUGGACGACAAGGAGCUUGAGGUCCAGAAGGAGGUGGCCAAGAUGUACAGCAGCUUCCAGGUGAUGUACACCGUGGGCUACUCCCUGUCCCUGGGGGCCCUGCUCCUGGCCCUGGCCAUCCUGCUGGGCCUCAGCAAGCUGCACUGCACCCGAAACUACAUCCACGUGAACCUGUUCGCGUCCUUCGUGCUCAAGGCCAGCUCUGUGCUGGUCAUCGACACGCUGCUCAAGACCCGCUACAGCCAGAGGAUUGGGGACGACUUCAGCGUGAGCGUCUGGCUGAGUGACGGGGUGAGCUCCCAGAUCCGGCCUCUUGGCCUCCGGGCCCUGGGCAGCAGGCAGCUGGGAGGCCCGCACUCAUGCUGCCCCCGCGGCCAGGCAGUGGCCGGCUGCCGGGUGGCUGCGGUGUUCAUGCAGUACGGCGUCGUGGCCAACUACUGCUGGCUGCUGGUGGAGGGCGUGUACUUGCACAGCCUGCUGAGCUUCGCCACCAUCCCUGAAAGGAGCUGCUUCCCCCUCUACCUGGGCAUCGGCUGGGGUGCCCCCAUGCUGUUCGUCACCCCCUGGGUGGUGGUCAAGUGUCUGUUUGAGAACAUCCAAUCCCAAGGAAUCAGGGGGCGGGGGGCUACGAGGCUGCAAGGACACGAGCAGGCCCCACCCUGCAGGUGCUGGACCAGCAAUGACAACAUGGGCUUCUGGUGGAUCCUGCGCUUCCCCGUCUUCCUGGCCAUCCUGAUCAACUUCUUCAUCUUCAUCCGCAUCCUUCACCUCCUGGUGGCCAAGCUGCAAGCCCACCAGAUGCGCUAUACUGACUACAAAUUCCGGCUGGCCAAGUCCACGCUGACCCUCAUCCCCCUGUUGGGGGUCCACGAGGUGGUGUUUGCCUUUGUGACCGACGAGCAUGCCCAGGGCACCCUGCGCUCCGCCAAGCUCUUCUUCGACCUCUUCCUCAGCUCCUUCCAGGGCCUGCUGGUGGCUGUUCUCUACUGUUUCCUCAACAAGGAGGUGCAGUCGGAGUUGCUGCGGCGCUGGCAUCGCUGGCGUGAGGGCAAAGCACUGCAGGAGGAGUGCCAUGUCGGCAGCCACACGGCCAGGCCCACUGGUGGCCCCCCCAGUGAGAAGCUGCUGCUCUCAAGGGGCAGUGGCAGCAACAGGACUAGCCAGGACCCCUCUACGGAGACCCACUUGGCUGGCGGCCUCCCUGGAUUGGCUGAGAACCCCUUCUGAAGCCCCCUGGAACUUCAGCUGUGGCUGGACUCAGGUGCCCAGAGAGGGCAUCACUGGACAAUCCAUAACCGAUGCCCAGCAGAGGCAAGAGCGUGGGAGCCAGACAGCACCCUGCUGUCCACAUGUUCCCCAGUGUGGUGGUCUGAGGGGCACCUGCUCUGUGCCAAGGGGUGGGGGAGGGGAUGUGGCAGGGAAGCUGUUCUGUGAAUGCAUGCCCGUGUGUCCCCAUGUGUGUCAGUGUGUCUGAGUUAGAGAAAACAUGUGUCCUCCAACAAUAAAGAGCUCUGUGCUCACCCUGGGUGGACAGCUGGGCUGGAGGAGAGGGGCCAGCUGGGCCCAGGGCCUCCCCGUGAGAAGGGAGCAGCCGUGGACGGCCCGUGCUGGCUUGCUCCUUCUAGACUUCUCCUUGUUGCCCCAUCAUACAGGUGAAUUGGAGCUGGAAUCCCUGAGGGUGUGUGUGAGUGGUGGCUGGUGGUGCCCCACCAGCACGUGCCGUCCCCAGCCCUCGCGCCAGGGUGGGGUGGGGGGUGGCUCACCCCCACCCCGGGCCAGAGUGGAUGGGCCCCACUCAGUCUUGGCCCCUCAACCCCCGGAGUGUCACCAUUCGCCCGCAGAGGGGCAUGAAGGGCGUCAAUGGCCGAGGGAAGCCACCGACAUCACAGUCCUUCUACCAACCCCACAUGAACAUCCCUGGCUCCCUGCUAGAGCCGAAGCCGGGGCUGGACUCAGGCCCAGCAAGGGCAUCACUGGAUAAUCCAGAACUAGAUAAUCCAGAACUGGAUGUCCUCUACUGGCCUC